AUGGCAACACUCGGAACACCGGCCUUUUUGAUACGCGACUUGGAUAGACACCCGCACCUCCCAGACUCGCCCAUGCAGCGCGACGUUGUCUUGAAACCCACAGCGCGCGUACAACCAGACAUGGAUCCAACGCUACACGAACUAGCGCGUCUGCAACAUCGGCCGACGCUGCAACAACCCCCAACACCGGCGCCGACGCCUGAACAGCACCGUAAAGCGGUGAGUGGUUUGCAUGCACAUGUGACACACGGUAUGAGUCGGUCCGGGAGCGAUUUGAGCUCCUAUACCAGCACGAGUCUUGGUAGCAUGACGGGCAGUCCACCAGCAGGAACAACGACACUCUUCAAAAGUAGUAGUUUCACACUCCCUGCCCUGUUUAAAUGGCGUAAAGCCCUCUCACAAACGGAAGAGACACCCGUGACGACGCCCACAACGGAAGCGGCGUUUCACUAUUUUGCAGCGGGCGAGUCGCACCUCGAUGACUUGCAGCGUGGUCUUGCAACAGAGCAACAGACCCUUGCGCAAUCCACAGAGCAGCAAUUACAAGAAGAACGCAGACGGAGACAUCUCGCUGAAGAUAGACUUGCUGCUGUGGAGGAGGAAGUCACACGGCUAUGCACCGUGAUGCUGCCAUCUGACUGUGGUGAGACUGGGGAAGCCUACUUUUCAAGUAUCCUUGAGAGUGUUCGGCUUGCCAUUGAUGCCUAUGAGGAGCGAACGCUGCAGUUGGCUGAGCAAGUCGAGGAAAAAACAGCGGCCCUGGCACUAGAGCAACGGCGACGGUUGGAUGUGGAGCUAGAGAAUACAGCGCUACGGGAACAACUGCGAGAAGCAACAGCCGCACUCGAGUCGGACGUGCUCAAGCAAGAAAAUGCAGCAUUGCGUACACAACUUGCUGCGCAAAUCCCAGCGGAGGACCUCUUGCAGCGUGUGAGGGAUACGGAAGCGCAACGGGAUGCCUUGCGUCAGGUAUCGCGAUCGUUGAGACAACGGCUGACGCAUGAGACGCGAAAGUAUGAAGAAAAACUCAUGCAACUCCAUGCAGGGACGCGCGUGCAUGGCAGGCAGCUGAGUAGUGCGUCCUUGAGAUCAUUGCCCUUGCCGCUCACUGCCUUUUCUGCUUCUGGGCGGUCAACCCCGUCCACCCCCGGACUGCCUGAUGAAGACGCAACGGGAUGUUUGCCACUCGAGCUCGAAACCAAGAGCGUCCUUUGGCACGCUCAAGCACAAACGCGGCGGAACAGGCAGCCUUGGGAGUUCAAGCAGUACAAAUGA